AUGAAUGACGAGAGCAAAAAUCACAUGAUGCAUAUCAAGAAAACCCUUGCACUAAAUGUCGAGUCUAUCGAAAAGUGGUAUCAAUCUGAAAGAUGGAAGUAUAUUAAACGUCUGUGGAGCGCUAAAGAUGUAGCGGUGCUUCGGGGAUCUUUCCCGCUGUUCCAAUAUGAAUCAGAUAUUCAAGCAAAAAAGCUUUGGAAAAUUUUGCAGAAACAUGCCACAAACAAGACUGCAUCGAUUACUUUUGGGGCCUUGGACCCGGUGCAGGUGAUUCAAAUGUCAAAAUAUCUUGAAACCAUAUACGUGUCCGGAUGGCAAUCGUCAUCAACAGCAUCAUCGACCAAUGAGCCAGGUCCCGAUCUUGCAGACUAUCCCAUGGAUACUGUUCCUAGGAAGGUAGAGCAACUAUGGCUGGCCCAAAGAAUGCACGAUCGAAAGUUGACAUUUGAGGCGCUCACAAGUGAUGAGGCUCCAUAUGAUGUGAUGAGGCCACUCAUUGCAGAUGCAGAUACUGGCCAUGGGGGAAUUACAUCCAACAUCAAGCUUGCCAAGCUAUUUGUUGAGCGCGGCGCAGCCGGAGUUCACGUGGAAGAUCAGGCAGCAGGAACCAAAAAGUGCGGCCAUAUGGGUGGAAAGGUUCUCGUUUCCACGCAAGAACACAUAGAUAGAUUGAACGCUUUUCGGCUACAAUUUGAUGUGAUGGGAGUGGAGACGGUUCUGAUAAGCAGAACAGAUGCCGAGGCGGCAAAGCUCUUGCAAAGCAACAUUGAUCCGAGAGACCAUCCUUACAUUCUCGGCUCGGUCAAUGCGAACGAGAAAGGGACGUUAAUAGGUGUUUUGAAUGAGGCUAAACAGCGAGGUGCCUCCUGCGCUGUUCUUCAAGAACUCGAAGAGAAAUGGCUGCGUGAGGCUCAACUUUGCACCCUAGAAGCGGCCUUGAGAAAAAAGGUAUCUGGAGAUCCUGCAAUCAUGAAUGAAUUUAAGAGAAGAUUUCGUGGUGCCAUGGCAGAGGAAAUAUUGCACUGGGUUCGCCAUUCAAAAGGAAUAGAUUUGUAUUGGAAUUGCGAGUCUCCAAGAACAAGGGAGGGAUAUUACAGGUACCAUGGUUCGAUUGAGGCGGCUACUGACCGUUCCAUUGCAUUUGCCCCUUUUGCAGAUAUGCUUUGGGCAGAGACGGCCUGCCCUUCUCUUGAUCAAGCUCGUAAAUUUUCGGAAGGCGUACUUGGAGCACAUCCAAAAAAGUUUCUCGCAUACAACCUUUCUCCCUCAUUUAAUUGGGAGCAAUCGGGGAUGACGCGUGACCAGAUGGCCGGCUUUACUAGCACACUUGCACAAUUGUCUUUUAAUUGGCAAUUUAUAACCCUAGCUGGAUUCCAUUUAAAUGCAUUGGCAACGGACCAAUUUGCGCGUUUGUUUUCUUCCAAGGGCGUGAUUGCCUAUGUUGAGCAAAUCCAAAGAAAGGAAAGAGAAAAUAAGGUAGAGACGCUUGCUCAUCAAACAUGGAGUGGUGCAAAGCUGUAUGAUGAAUAUAUGCGCUUGGUGCAGGGCGGCGUGACUUCCACUGCUGCAAUGGGAGAAGGUGUGACGGAAAAGCAAUUCACCGCGUCCACCUUCAUAGCAUCGAAAUUGUAA